AUGGGUUGCUGGUUUUCAAAAAAAGGCCAACCGGUCGAGGAAGAGCAGGUUGAGGAAGCCCCGAAAGAGUAUUCUUGGGACAAAAGGAAAAAGGAGGACAAGUCGAAGUUCUACGUUAGAGAUGUCGAAAAUAUCGAAAAUUCAGUUUGCAGAAACGAUGUAAAAGAUCUACCGAUGACGAUAGAAAACUGCAAGUCCUGUAUCAUCUUUCUCAAUGGUCUGUGUAAAGAAGUUACGAUUGACAACUGCCAAGACAUGAAAAUUAUUACUUUUGCCUCAGGUUCUGUCUAUAUCCGCGACUCCAGCAACGUAGAAUUGGUCACAAUUUGCGGGCAGCUUCGAACUCGCGAUUGUCGCUCAAUGCGUCUCUAUCUUCAUUGCCCCACUCAACCAGUAAUCGAAACAACUCAAAAAGUGACCACUUAUCCACUCCCGAUCGACUUCGAGAGCAUCGAAGAAAUCGUCUCUGACUUCGGCCGUUCGAAGUUUUUGAACAACUGGGCAGAUAUUCAUGACUUCGGCCCAGUGGACCAUGCAGGGGAGCCGAACUGGGCGCCCGGAACGGACGUCGAAAUCGCGCUCAAAGAUGUUUUCGACGAGUUUAAUGAUACUUUUGACUCUUCGCCUCGACUCUCGCUGGAGAGAACGAUUUUCCCUCAAGUUGCGUAUCCAUAUCCUUCUGCUGCCGAAGUUAAAGACGAGAUGGUUUUUGCGCUUUUCGCUGGAGAGAAAUCAGAAGAUCUCGCAACGAACUGUUACUACAGAGUCACGGGGACUCUUAAAAAGGCAAAACUAAUAAGAAGCACCGCCGGAAAAUUGUCUCCCCUGAGUCUGCCAACCCGAGCCCAAAAGUCUCUCCAACUCUCGGAAGGCUCACAAAUCGUCAUCCUCAUUUUCGAGGGCCAAUUACUCGCCACUGAAAUCUCCAGCGAGGCCGAGCCUGGCUGCUCAUUUUUCGCUUUUGGGGACGAAGCACGCACCGAAUAUGACAACUUCUUCAAUACUUCUGCCUUCGGCAAUCACAAUCUAUGA